AAGAGCAGGCGGAGGGGCGACGACGAGCAGCGGAGCAGAGCUGGAGCUGGAGGAACGCCUCCAAACAGCGUCUCCUCUUAUUAUUCACCUCUUCUCCGCCGCACACAACCAGACCCAACGACCAGUCCGCGUAUUUAGCGAGAGCGCGGCUCUUCUCGCGACCUAUUUGCUCGGAGAUAACCAAAGGAGUUGCACUCCGCGCGAGCGCACAAGGCUUUGCAUCGUGGCUCUCUCACGAGCGGCAUGCUCGAGCGACCCGUCGGGCGCGACUGAAGUCCUUCUUUCACCCAAAGAGGAUUCAAUGAAAAUGUCAGUGUGCGUCCAUGAAAACCGGAAAUCCCGAGCCAGCACCGGCUCCAUGAACAUCUACCUUUUCCACAAAUCCUCCUAUGCUGACAGUGUCCUUAUGCACCUCAACUCUCUACGGCAGCAGAGGCUCUUUACAGACGUCCUCCUCCACGCGGGCAGCCGUUCCUUCCCCUGCCACCGCGCCGUGCUGGCCGCCUGCAGCCGCUACUUCGAGGCCAUGUUCAGUGGCGGUCUGAGGGAGAGUCAGGCCAGCGAGGUCGACUUCCGAGACUCGAUCCACCCGGAGGUUUUAGAGCUGCUGCUUGACUACGCAUACUCAUCACGGGUGGUGAUCAAUGAGGAGAAUGCAGAGUCGCUGCUGGAGGCUGGGGACAUGUUGGAGUUUCAGGACAUCCGUGAUGCCUGCGCCGAAUUCCUGGAGAGAAACCUUCAUCCGUCCAACUGUCUUGGCAUGCUGUUGCUGUCUGACGCCCACCAGUGUACGAAGCUGUCAGAGCUCUCCUGGGGCAUGUGUUUAAGCAACUUCCCUGCCAUUUGCAAGACAGAGGACUUUCUCCAAUUGCCCAAAGAUAUGGUAGUGCAGCUUUUGUCACACGAGGAGCUGGAGACAGAAGAUGAGAGACUGGUUUAUGAAGCUGCCCUUAAUUGGAUUAACUAUGACCUAGAAAAGAGGCACUGCUUCCUCCCAGAGCUUCUGAGAACGGUUCGUCUCGCCUUACUGCCUGCCAUCUUUCUAAUGGAAAAUGUUUCAACAGAAGAGCUGAUUAAUGAUCAGGCCAAAAGCAAAGAACUGGUUGAUGAAGCUAUUCGCUGCAAGCUUAAGAUCCUCCAGAAUGAUGGCGUGGUCAACAGCCCGUGUGCUCGACCUAGAAAAACCAGCCAUGCCCUUUUCCUGCUUGGCGGACAGACAUUCAUGUGUGACAAAUUGUACCUGGUAGACCAGAAAGCCAAAGAGAUAAUCCCGAAGGCUGACAUCCCCAGUCCCAGGAAGGAGUUCAGUGCCUGUGCCAUUGGCUGUAAGGUUUACAUCACAGGCGGGAGAGGAUCAGAGAACGGCGUUUCCAAAGACGUAUGGGUCUACGACACUGUGCAUGAGGAAUGGUCCAAAGCAGCACCUAUGCUCAUCGCCAGGUUUGGCCAUGGCUCCGCGGAGCUGAAACACUGCCUAUAUGUUGUUGGGGGACACACCGCGGCAACGGGCUGUCUCCCGGCCUCUCCGUCCGUGUCCCUCAAACAAGUGGAACAGUUUGACCCAGUGGCAAACAAGUGGACCAUGGUGGCACCUCUCAGAGAGGGUGUGAGCAAUGCGGCAGUGGUCAGUGUGAAACUCAAGUUGUUUGCCUUCGGCGGAACCAGCGUCACCCACGACAAACUGCCCAAGGUGCAGUGCUACGAUCCGCAGGAAAACCGAUGGACUGUGCCAGCAUCCUGCCCGCAGCCGUGGCGUUACACCGCUGCUGCCGUGCUGGGGAACCAAAUAUUUGUCAUGGGCGGGGAUACCGAAUUCUCAGCCUGCUCGGCUUACAAGUUCAGCAGCGAGAACUACCAGUGGACUAAAGUGGGGGACGUAACGGCCAAGCGAAUGAGCUGCCAGGCUGUGGCUUCGGGAAACAAACUGUACGUGGUGGGCGGGUACUUUGGUACACAGCGGUGUAAAACUCUGGACUGCUACGACCCCACACUCGAUGCAUGGAACAGCAUCACAACUGUUCCGUACUCACUCAUUCCUACUGCCUUUGUCAGCACCUGGAAACAUCUACCAGCGUGAAUCCUGAACCGUUGACCUGUACCUUCUCCAUUAGAUCUCCCCGGUUUCGCGUCAUCCGCCGGUCUCCUGACCACGAAGAAGCACACAUUCUCUUUCUCCAAAAAGAGACCCCAAGCAGCGAUGUACAGAUGCCCCGCAUUCAUCUUGGUGUUGCAAAAAAUGUAAAAAAGAAGGGAAAAAAAAGAGAGAAGAAGAUAAACAAAAAAGACAAACACGCAGGAGCAGAGAACCCAAGGUGGGCCGUUGUCGAGGAAGGCGGACAUCUUGCUCCGAGACACCGAACUGACCGACGCUUGCUCUGCGAGGCACAGACUCUGACCCUGUGUGCACAUUGUGCUUUCAUGCUGCCAUAGGAGUGCUGCAAACAUAUCAUGAAAAGCUGCAUUCUUCAUAUGUAGUCAUAACAGGCUUGUGACGAUCUGUGAAGUUUUCUCUGACAAAAAAAUUAUAAAUAUAUACACACACACAUAUAUAUAUAUAUAGCAUGACAAAUGCUUUGGUUUGACUGAAAAAGAACAAAAUCAAUAGAUUUUGACUGAAUAUCUGACUCAUACAAGGAAAAAUGAAGGAGCAAAUCUUCCCCGUUUUUGAUUUUUUUUGUUGUUUGUUUUCGAACUGUUAACAGCUUCUAAUUUAUGCUUCAGACCCAGAAUAAAAAAGAACAUUUGAACAUUUCUCUUACAAAAACUUUCCUGUCGCUGCCACUCAUGAGGCGGAUCGAUGGGAUUUGCGUGUGCCUGGAGGUCGCCCGUGUUUGGAUUCUGCAGCUCAGCGGCGGCGCCGUAAAACAUCGUUUUCUCCCGCCGGGACCGCCGGCUCGCUUGCCGAUUCACCGCCGAAGCCCUUUUUCGAGCAUGUUCUCUCACAGUGGUUCAGUGAAAACUGGCAUGUACUCUUCACAAAGUCUUGUCACCUUAACACAAAAAGCUGAAUUUAUUAUCCUUUUUCGAAAAAAAAAUCUGUUUCUUCUUGAACUUGCUGCAGUGUAGUCUUAAUUUAUAUGGUACUGGUAACUGUGUCAUGUUAAUAUGUUUAAUCCUACUUAUUUCUGUUCUGCCUGCAUUCAGAUGUGAAUGUACGUUUGGGUUAUGUCGUGCAUGGCCAAGUGUUGUGUUUGAUUUGGUCUCAGUGAGCUGCCUUUUGCACACUUCAGUCUUUGCCAGGAGAAACUUGCUUUUUUCAAGACGUAACUUCGCUGUUCACUUCUUUUCAAGUGGCUUAAAAAGAAAGAGACUUAAAUCAUAGAAAGAGUUUCUUACCGUAAUAUGGGGCAUUCACUAGGGAAUAUGCUGGAAACUGGGAUCAACUUCCAACAUGAGAAGGUUUUGCUCAGAAAACCGCAAAAACAAAAAAUAAAAUCAAAAUUUUUUUCCCUCUCUUUGUUUUAAAGGCCCUUUAAUAAAAUGCCAGCGUAUCAUACACACCACCUGCAGAGCACGGUGAAGGUCAGCUUGGCUCGAAAAGGCUAAUACCCACCUCCACCUACCUGCAAAAAACAAAGACAAAUUUGGCAGUUUUGAAUUUUUGUCCCUCGUCUGUCAAAAUGUUGAAAUUAUCGCUUGAAAGACGCAAUUGGCGUCUCUGCUAAGCAGCGGUCUGCAGGCUAGCCUCCUGCCCUUCAGUUGCAGGGAAAACAGUGAUUUUUAUGUGUUUAACGUACACUUUCCAACGAGUCCACGAGAAUCUGCAUAUCAGUAAAUUAAAAUUAUAGACAACACUCUUAUUCUUUAAUCAUGUUGUUUAGCAGCACUUGCUAACGUUGCUAUUCCUUUAUAUAUCAAAGCAACUAGAUAAUCUGACACCUUUUUUUUUUUUUGAAAUUGUGGGUAGAAGCUCGCACCAGCACAAAUCUAGACCAAUACAAGGCGAAGUUGAAAAAAAAACAAAAAACAAAAACCCAACCUUCAUAUUCUUGCUAAUAAUUAAAGCCCAAAAGAAAAGAUCGGAUGGCACGAUGACAGAUUGACCUCGACAUGGUUAAGAAUUUGGCAGUGUUUGCAGCUGUCCCGAGGACAGCAGAGGCUGUGUGACACGUGCCAACUUGGCUCCCUGAGCGUGAACCCGCGGUCCCGUUGGCUGUCCCGUUUGCCUCCGAAUGCUGUGUAACGUUAAGGGCAGACACCACAGUGCUUUCCACUAUUAAAAAAAACAACAAACAUUCAGUGAAGCAAGUUUCUGCAAACCAAAAAA